AUGGCUUCAUCGUCUUCAGUUAUGGAUAAAAACUUGGGGACAUUGUGGGAGGAUUUGGGAAAGGCAAUGGAAGGAGAAGAUGAGAUAGAGAUUGGAUUAGUUGACUGCAGCACAAGUAAUCCCGUGUGUACCAAAGUUGAAAUUGAUUCUUAUCCUACGUUCAAGCUCUUUUAUAAUGGAGAAGAAGUUGCAAAAUACCAAGGGGCAAGGAACGUGGAGUCCCUUAAAACAUUUGUUUUGGAUGAAGUGGAAAAGGCAACUGCAAAAACACAGCUCGACAAUGACAAAGAUUUGUGA